AUGGCAAAGAAAGCCAUGAAAGGAAAGGAUCCUGAAAGCCUGAUUUGGCAUACACCUGAAGGAAUUCCAAUCAAACCGCUCUAUCUGAAAGAAGACCGAGAAUGUGACCUCCAUAGGAAAUCAGAGGUUUUACUUUAUUUUUUAUUCGUUCGUAUUCACCGACGUAUCUGCCAGUUUACAACCUAA